AUGUCUGCCGCCGAGGAUUUGUUGAGGGAUUUUGAGGACUCCGACUUGGAGGAUCUCGUAGAAGAAGAGGAAAAUGGAGUGGAAAAAAUGGAGGACGUGACCGAAACGGCGGAAGAAACCCAGAAAGAAGAAGACACCGGAGUCAAGAAUGACUUUGAAGUGGCCAUGUUAGCGGCCGACGAACUCUCUCGUCUACACAAAGUUCUUCGCGACUAUUACUCGAUUCGAUUUCCCGAGCUCGAGACGCUUGUCACGAAUCCCAUUAACUACGCCAAAACAGUCGCUAUCCUGGGCAAUGGCCCUCUCGAUGACAUCAAGAAACUUUCGACCUCAUCCGACAACAUGGUCGGUGCUCCGUUGAACACGGUUUUGGACGGUCCUUCGUCGAUGGUUGUUACAGUCGAAGGCACAACUACGCGGGGGAGGGAAAUGACCGAAUCCGAGCUUGCAGCCGUCCUCAGCGUAUGCGAAAAGAUUUUAAAACUCGACCGUGAACGAACGGCGCGCAUAGAGAGUGUGCAGUCUCGCAUGACGGAGAUUGCGCCGAACCUGACCGCUCUCAUCGGAUCACACACUGCAGCACAAUUCUUGAACCAGGCCGGUGGCAUUUUAGAACUAGCCAAAAUUCCAGCUUGCAAUCUCGCUGCACAGGGCUCGAAGAAACAAGAAGGAUUGGGGUUUGCGACAAACGUCGGCAUUCGCCAACAAGGAUUUUUAUAUCAUUCUCCGAUGAUUCAAGACAUUCCAAACGAUGUCAAACGCCAGGCAAUGCGUAUCGUGUCGGCAAAGUUGGUACUCGCUGCGCGGGCCGACGCUGCUCGAAGCAGCCUGGAUGGAUCUAUGGGCGAAGAGCUCAAGCAACAUUGUUACCAACGCCUAGACAAGCUGACUGAACCGCCACCGAAUAAGGGACCUCGAGCGUUGCCGGCGCCAGACGACAAACCGGCGCGAAAGAGAGGCGGUAGGCGUGCUCGCAAUGCCAAGGAAGCUGUGGCCACGACGGAAAUCCGAAAAGCGCAGAACCGAGUUGCCUUUGGUAAAGAGGAACAGGAAGCUGGAUAUGGUACGGGCGAUUCGUCGGUGGGAUUGGGUAUGCUCGGGCAGCAGAACGACGGGCGUAUUCGCGCCAUGCAGAUCGACCAGCGAACCCGAGCCAAGCUGAGCAAAUCCAAUAAAGGCUGGGGUGGUGCCACUCCUGUCAGCGGCACUGCGACAUCGCUGCGCGGCCCCGGGAGCGCAAGUGUCCUGGGUUUGCGGUCGUCAGGAGUGGGCACUUCUCUUGGGGCACAGGCUGGAACGGCCAGUUCUAUCGCGUUCACGCCGGUGCAAGGGCUGGAGCUGGUGGAUCCCAAAGUGCAGGCUGAGCUCAACCGCAAACGCAAGGCCGAGGAGGACCGAUGGUUCAAAGGCGGCACCUUUACGCAGGUCAGCAGCGAGGGCUUCAAAGUCCCCGACGUUCCAGCGCGCAAGAAAGUCGACACUGGGGAUGGGAAGAUGGCACCGCCGCCGUUGCCAGGGAGAAGGUGA